ACCCAAGUGUGCGACCAAAGAAUGCGCUAAAAUAAGCCAAAACACACACACACUCUAGGAUAAACCACAAUGGCGCAUACAUCUAGUACCGGCGUUGUGGUGCCACGAAAUUUCCGCUUACUGGAGGAGCUGGAUCAGGGCCAGAAGGGUGUAGGCGAUGGCACCAUAUCGUGGGGUCUGGAAAACGACGAUGAUAUGACACUUACCUAUUGGAUUGGCAUGAUUAUUGGCCCCCCUAGAACACCAUUCGAGAAUCGAAUGUAUUCACUAAAGAUCGAGUGCGGCGAACGUUAUCCGGAUGAGCCACCAACGCUCAGAUUUUUAACAAAAGUUAAUAUAAAUUGCAUUAAUCAGAAUAAUGGUGUGGUUGAUCAUAGAUCAGUGCCCAUGUUGUCCAGAUGGAGUCGCGAGUACACCAUUAAAACGAUGCUUCAGGAAAUACGUAGGAUUAUGACCAUGAAAGAGAACUUGAAGUUGGCUCAACCGCCAGAAGGUAGCUGUUUUUAGUUGGCAACAACGAUAAGAACAACAACAGCAACAACAACCUACAACCACAACAGCAACAACAACAAACUGCAGCA